UGCAAAUACAUCAGAAGAGAUUCCUUCUCCAGGGCUCUGAGCAGAGCAGGCUCAGGCAAGAGAGCAACACCAUGAGGCUGUUUGUCUUGCUAGCUGUGCUCCACAGUGGAGUGAGCAGUAGCAUUGUGCUGCAGAAGAUGUAUGGGAGAAUCACAUCCCCCAACUUCCCGAAUGUCUACCCAAAUCACAAGGAGAGAAUCUGGAAUAUUACUGUCCCCAAGGGAUAUUCUGUCCGUAUCUACUUCACCCAUUUCAACCUGGAGCUGUCCUACCUGUGUGAAUAUGAUUAUGUGAAGCUGAGCUCUGGUGGGAGGACGUUGGCUAGGCUGUGUGGAAAGGAUAGUACAGACACUGAGGAGGCUCCAGGCAACAAGAUAUACGUCUCUGCUGACAACAACCUCAUGGUUGUGUUCCGGUCUGAUUACUCCAAUGAGAAACCAUUCACAGGCUUUGAGGCCUUUUAUGCUGCUGAAGAUACUGAUGAGUGCAAGCAGCUGUUUGAUGGGGAGCCCCUCUGCAAUCAUCACUGUCACAACUACGUGGGGGGCUACUACUGCAGCUGUCGGAUUGGUUACACACUGCAUGAAAACCAGAGGACGUGCAUAGGUAAGCUCUUGCUAGAUCAGGAGAUAUUUCCAUACCUACAACACCCACUGAAAUCCAGUCCUGACACAACUGUUGAGAAGAAAGCUGGGGAUUUUGUUGUUGUUUUCAGUAUUCUCACACACCUGAAGCUUUAUGGCCAAAAUGUCUUCUGGUCAGCAAAGCCUCAGUUCCAGGAGUUUGGUAAAUGCUUGUAUCCCAAUGCCUCCUACAGCAGCAAUUUGCUGUGUCCCAGUCCUGAAGCACCACCCCAUGGUCACAUCGCAGCAGUGCAAGCGCGGUACCUUCUGGGUGACCAUGGCUCUCCUGGGGCAUGUGAGGGGGUGAGCCGCGGCACUGUCAGCCUUGCUGGGCUUCGUUGCUCAGCAGUCAGACAUGUGGGGUGCAGUCCUCAUUACCAGUUUCUCUUGCUCACACAUUGUAUUUUUGAGGAGGAUUUUGAAGUCACAGGUAGUUUACUUUUGUGUGACAGUGGGGUUCUAACAGCUGCUUAUGGUGUAGCUGAUCAAAGAAAUGCCUCAGCUGUGAGGAAUAAAGUGAGGAUUUUGAUCAAGCCCUGAAAGCCCAGGCAGAAAGAUUUUUUUAUUCCCAAAGGUUAUAAAAAUUAUCUUGCCAACUUUGACAGCAGUAUUGCAUUGGUUAGACUGGCACAUCAAGUCAGUACCAUCACUCCCAUUUGUUUACCAGGAAUGAGAGAUCUAUUUCAAACAAAUUGCUAG